AUUUUACUUCCUCCUUCCCAACCACAGCAUUAGUCUUCUGUCUUCUAAAGUCUAAACCCUUCCAAAACCCUUAAUUCCAAGGAUACCGCCUAAUGUCUCUCUUCAGAACCAUCCUCUUUAAACCCCAAAACCUUCUCUAUAAAUCAGAUAAACUUGUACCCAUCAUUUUCAACUCUGAUAUCUACCGAUCAUUUACCUCCUCUCCCCAGAAUCAAUCUGAAACCCAAACCGACCAAAACGAGAAGCCUCUAAGCCUUCUAUUUCAACAAGCAGUAGGUUUAUGUGAUAAAGAUGAAACAGACGUGGAAAGUGGAAGCCAAAGCAAUGAGUUACAGAAGAAGUUAUUGGAUUUAGAGAGAGAAGUUAGGGAUUUAAAAGAAACGGAGUCAAAGAAUGGACAAGAAAACCAAAUUUUAAAGAAAGUUGAAUCAGAGAAACCAAAUAGUUUGCAUGUGUUGUUUGAAGGGAAAAGGAAAAAGAAUGUGGAGUUAAAGGAUGAAAAAGAAAAUCGAAAUGGAAAGAAAGUUGAAUCAGCGAAACCCAAUAGUUUAUAUGUGAUGUUUAAGGAAGGGAAAAGGAAAGACAAUGCCGCAAUUAAGAGAAAGGAAGAGGAAGGGCCUAGGGUUUUUAAGGAGUUUUCGUCCGAUAUGAAAAUUUUUCUUAGUCAUUUGUAUGAAAAUGGGUAUCUUAAGGAAGCUAAUUUUUUGAGGAGGGGUGAGCUCGAUUUUAAUUGCUUCAAUGAUAGCUAUGGCAGGGGAUUUAUUAGGUUUGCGGUAGAGAAGUUUGGCCAGGAUCACCAAGAGAUUGCUAAAUGGUUAUCAGGAAGUGACUUGAAAAAGGUUGCCCUCUUUGGUUGUCCCUCCCUUACAAAAAAGAAUGUUUUUUCUGCUAAAAGAUUGCGCAAUUAUUUCAAAAUUCAAGAGAACACUGUAUGUGAUAAAUGUGUCUUAAAACAUUCAUGCAAGUUUGUGAACCAAAGUGUGUGGAAAGGCGAUUACAGGAAUUUGAAUUUGGCUGUUGCAAUGAGAGCCAUCACAUUGUACGCUUUGGAGGAAGUAGAACCAGAGUUGUUAGUGCCUGAUGAGAUAAAGGCUUCUGUCAGCAGGUUGUUAAAGGAAGUUUUGAGGUUGAGUAAAACUGUCAUGUGAAACAACACAGACGCAGAUGUGAGUAACUUCGCUAGCUAGUUGGUUUUUAAAGCAUAUUUAUAAGCAUGCAUAACUGUAAAACUAUUCAACGUGCUCGCGAGUUGGCUCAUUUAUUAGACUUGUGAACAGGCUUGUUUAAUAGGCUUAGGAGCCUGCUCAUUUAAUAGGCUCGUGAAUUAGCUCAUUAAUAUUUAUUGUAUUUUAUUAUAAAUAUAUUAAUUUUAUUAAUAAUUUCUUUAA